AGUCCAUUCAUUCAUGGCCUCCCUAAGUUUUUCAAAAGUCAGAGUCUGAGGACAACCACAUUCUUCAAGUAUCCCAUAAGCCCCAUAAGGAAGUGGCAAGCUUCCAAAACGAGAAAUCGUUUAGAAAAAAAUAUCAAAAAGUUAAAAUUAAAAAAAUGUUAAACUUUAUCAAAGAAGCAAUGGCGCCUGCAACACGUUCGUCCAUCAGCACAUCGGCAGCAACAGCACAAAAUUCAGAAAAUCAUCUCAAGGAAUCUGUGGAGAAAACUGCUGCCAUAGAAAAUCCCAUGAAAGGCUAUAAAAUCACCGACAAUGAGAGGUCGCGUAAAUUUGGCAUUGGAGCCAAUUCCCUGCAAAUGCUGAAGGCGAAAGCCAAACUCAAGUUUCCUAUCAAAGACUUACGAAUUUAUUUAGCCUCGGAUGGCUUUGAGGUAAUCGAUGAAGACUAUUUUACAACCUUGGAAUCACAAACCCUGUUUAUAGUGGCCGGAGCCGAUGCCAUAAUAACGACUGAUUCUGAUUUUGCUUUCGAGCAAUUGCGUCAAAAAUCUCCCCUGCUUAAGGUGGCCGACAUCAUUUACGAUUUCAUGGAACAACAACCUGAAAAAUUCAGCAAACUUGUAGCCGAAUAUGAACGCAAGAAGUUAUCCCACAAACAGCAACAGGAUCAAAGUAAAACAGCAUUGAGUCUGAGGACCGAGCACACCGAAUGGUUCCUGGGGCAAGAGGAAAAAUGUCACACCAAAGAAGAGGCUUUGAAAAGAAGAGCCCAAGAUCGUGUACGCUGUUAUUAUUACAAGACCAAAGACGAAUUGACCCGCAAUCGUUUGUAUCAACAAAAUCAGAAGGCUCGCCAAGUUAUAGACUCGUUGUUGGAGAAAUUUCGUUACCUGCUCAUAGGUUGUGAUUACUUUUCCAUGAUAUUCAAUCGCAAGUGUGAGCACAAACAUGAUAUCAUCAAAGAUCAGCUGGACCUAGACGAUGAGACCGAUGCCCGUGCUGUGGUGCCCAAUAAGAAAUUGAAGCAGGUGAUACGAGAAUACACAGCACGCCAUGAAAUUUUGGAUGAAUGGUCAGUGUCAUUGUGCACAGAUUUGGGUGACUUCUAUUGCCAGGGUACAUAUUCGGGUGCUGCCAAACAUUGCUCGUUGCGUCACACCAUAAAUCCCUAUGCCUCCAGGGAGAAUCUGAUACUCUUUCAGGUCUGGAAUUUAGAUCAUCAAAUAGAAUUGUCGCGCACCAUUAUACCAUCGCUGAUAGAAAAUGUGCAUGAUCUUAUCUCCAGUCCGAAACGCAUGUGUAGCCUACACAAAGCACCUGUGGUGGAUGUCUCUGUGCUGGAAUAUUUUCUAGAGAUAUUCUCUUUGAAAAAUCUCAAAUUGGUCCAUAUAGUGUGUCAUGAGAAAUCCCAAAGAAGCAACAAAUCAAAUGGCCGUCUAUUGUGUAAACAAUGCCAUGAAUACAAAAUUGUUGAGGAAUUAAUGCAAAUUGAAUGUGACUACAAUCCAGAAGAUUGGUAAGCAGCAAGAACACAUCAACUAAAGCUUAGAACAAAAGUGUCGGGUUAGCAAAACUAAAAUAUUAAGCUAUAACAGACACUCCUCAUCCAUAUAAGAAUUGUACAAAAAUUAAGUUCAAUAAUUGUUAUUAUUAUAAUGAUGA